AGGAGGGGGGGAAGAUGGCGGCGGCGAAGCGGAGCGUCCUCUCCUCGUUGGCCGUUUACGCUGAGGAUUCAGACCCGGAGUCGGACAGCGAAGCCGGGACGGCGGGAAGCGAUGGGGGAGCGGCCACGGGAGAAAAAGGAGGCCUGGUCUCGGUUGCGUACGGAGAUGAUGACUUCACACGUGUGGAUGGGGACGAGGAGGGGUAUGAAGAAGAGGAUGAUGACAACAGCAGGCAGUCAGAAGAUGACGAUUCAGAGACUGAAAAACCUGAGGCUGGUGACCUAAAGGAGUUCUCAGAAGUGGAAAAAAGAGAUCCUCAGGAGCUAGUUGCUUCUUUUUCAGAGAGAGUGCGGAACAUGUCUCCAGAUGAGAUCAAAAUCCCUCCUGAGCCUCCUGGCAGAUGUUCUAACCACUUGCAGGAUAAAAUUCAAAAGCUGUAUGAGAGGAAAAUAAAAGAGGGCAUGGAUAUGAAUUACAUCAUUCAGAGGAAAAAGGAGUUCCGUAACCCCAGCAUCUAUGAAAAGCUGAUCCAGUUUUGUUCAAUUGAUGAACUUGGUACAAAUUAUCCAAAGGACAUGUUUGAUCCUCAUGGCUGGUCAGAGGAUUCAUACUAUGAAGCACUAGCUAAAGCCCAGAAGAUUGAAAUGGACAAACUGGAGAAGGCCAAAAAGGAACGCACAAAGAUUGAGUUUGUGACUGGCACUAAAAAGGGUACAACAACAAGUGCCACUUCAACAACAACCACAACAGCCAGCACCACUGUGGGAGAUGCCCAGAAGAGGAAGAGCAAGUGGGACUCUGCCAUCCCUGUAACAACGAUAGCUCAGCCCACAAUCCUCACCACCACUGCAACACUGCCAGGAGUCGUCACGGUAACAACCAGUGCAAGUGGAUCCAAAACAACAGUCAUAUCAGCUGUGGGCACCAUUGUGAAAAAGGCAAAGCAGUGACUGGGGUGCUGGGCCUGGAUUUUUGGACUUAAUUGUCAUUGAAGCCAUUGUUCUCAGAAGGGAGGGGUAGCUUUUGCUUUCAGUAAAAGAUGACAAGACUCUGAAACAGACACAGUUCCCUUUUGAAAGAAUGGGGGCAGGAGCAGGCAUGCCAGCUGUGUGCCCACAGGAAUGGACCUCUGCUGAAAAUUCCUCUGUCUUUUCUUGCUCUGGGAAGAACCAGUCUGUGUGUGUUGUGCUGGAGGAAGGUGGUAUCUGGAGUUGUCUUGUAAAAGUUAGCUUAUCCAAUUACUGCAUUAGGGACUUCUUUCCUACUUGCAAGUCUGGUUUAGUUGGGGGUGGGGGGAAAAAAGGUAAGUAGGAAUAUCAGUAUUACCUUUCUGUGCUCAAAGGCUGCUUGCAGCUUGUGGUGUGUGCCUUCCUCACAUGUGCUGACUGAGCUCCAAAGGAAUUAAAGCAGAGACAAUUGGUCAGUGUCCAUCUUCAAAUGUGCAGCAGAGACUUGAAGUGAUCCACAUCUGUGAAUGUAGGCUCUGUCUUUGUUAUAGUGCUGACAUCUGUACCUGUGCACAUCUGUGUAGUGGCCACAUGUUACAUAUUUGAACAAUCAAAGAAAGUGUGCUGAAAUGGUCUUGUUACUAUCUUGCAGGCAUGGAGAUUUCUAUGCAGACCCCGUAAGUUGUUGAGGUUUGAUUUGGGAACUUAUUUGCACUCCAUUGCCAUGGAGUGAGACUGCAGAGCAGAAGAGUGUGAUGUUUAUAUUGUCCAUCUUUGUACUACUUUGUUAUGCACUAUGAAAUGCACACAUGGCAGUUACUGCUUGCUCCACUGUUGUGAAAGAGUAUUUUCAGUUUUAUUGUAUAGAUCUUCUUACUUGUGUAGCAAAAAAAAAUUAUUAUAAAAAUAGAAAUGUCUUUAAAAAAACAA